AUGAAACAAUGUUCAUUAAAACCGAUGGAAUAUCGAUAUUACAAUGUUGUUGUGACUUUCACAUCUCUAUUCAAUCACGCAAAAUCAACACAAUUAUGUGAUGCCGGUUGCGGAUUCGAUGAUCUGUUCUCUGGUAUUGACUUAUCGAAAAUUAAUCUUGAAAAUACUGUAUCAACACUUUUCUCCGAUAAUUUAUUAACAUCAUUAUUACCAUUUAGCAGUCAAAUUUUAAAUUGGAUUUAUCUACGAUGUAAGAAGAAAGAACACUAUUCACGAGAAAUUUAA